AUGAUGCUUUGUACGCUGUUCACUGUGCUUUUGUUUGUACCUUUUGUUGCAGCUGAUGAUUGGGAUGAUUUCACGAAUAACCUGGCGACAGAUUUAGCGCCAUUGAUCACUCUCUUCGGUGAACGACUUACGAAACAAUUCCUCUCCGAGUCGAUUAGCGUUCUAGACAAUGUUAUCUUCGCCCUUUCGCCCCUAGGGGUCUUGACUGCCGUAGUAUCAGUGAUAAGGAUAUGCGGUAGCUCAUCUCUUCGAGCUUUUGUGGGUCGAGCCCAAGAAGGACCCGCUGAAGCGGAAUGCGAGCUUCUUCCCUGCAUCUCGGAGUCGACAUCGGAGCUUUUCAACGAUGGCGGAAUUACGCGAGUAUUUGGCCGGCCUAAGAUUGCGGAGAUCGUUGUUUGGGAGGAAGGUGAUCCCAAGGUUGGAGGCAUCGAGACGAAGGUUGGCACUUUAAGGGAAGCACUCGUGGAAGGUGUUUGGACUUGCGGAGGAAAACAAUCGGCCAGUGAACUUCCCGAGCUCGAUAUACCGAAUUUGUCAUUGAAUAAGGGUAUCAAGAGGAGAGACCAGUUUUGGUUUUAUUGCGCUGCUGUUCUUGGCUCUGCACUACAGUUAGGGUCCAUUAUUUUUGCUGCACUCACAGUGUUUAUGUGGCCGGAAACCUUCCAAAAGGAUGAUAAACCGGUAGCAUCAUAUGCAUUCCCAUUCUAUGUCAUCGGUUCAACCCUUCUCUUUAUUGGGAUGUUUUUCUGUGCCUUCAUCAUGGAGCGAUCGUCGAAGGAAUACUAUUUGGAACCCCAAAGACCAAGCAAAAUAUACUGGCUACAGCCUGGAAAACAGAACGCCGACGAUCAAGUCUUCAAGGCUUUCCUUGCAACCAAAGAAUACGGACGACCAUCUGUGGAUGGGAAACAAACUUAUAUCAAGUCCAUCAGAGACUACAGAUUUGACAGGAAGUAUAUCCAGAUAUACUCAACCUUAGUAUCGACCCUUCUGGGAUUCAUAUUCCAGUUUGUGGGACUGAGAGGUCUCCACGCUUCCGUGACCCUAGCCCAGCUAGGAUCGACAUUCUUGAUGGCCAUUGUUCGAACCAUCCUUCGGACGGAGAGAAUGGCACCAGAGGAGAACGCAUUCCGGGACAAGCAGGAAUUGCUCUCAUCUACACAACAGGAGCUGGAUUGUUUUGCAUUUCAUCUUGGAAAUGUUGACUCAUUCCAUUUGCGCUUGCCACCGGACAGGCCAACAACCCUAUCAUCGCCUGGAUAUUUCUCUCAACCGACGAUGUCCCUGGCAAAACAAUUGAUUCAUACAAGAGCUCGACUGGCAAAGCUCACGUCUAACUCAAAUCAAGGCUUGACUGUUGCUUGGGAUGAUAUGCCUAUACGCCAGGUAGCACAUAAUCUCGCUCGGACGAUUGAAAUGACCAUGGAUUUGAUUUCCACGAGUUGGGAGAUUGAUCUAGGAAAGAAAUUCACUUUCAACCUUCUUGCCGAAUGCAGAAAGACAUCAUCGCAGUUUACUGACCCUGUGAUUGAAGAAUACUGUAUGGUUUUACUCCGAGGCAGUGAUACUCUGCGAUGGAAGAUUGAUGUGAAUGAACUGGAGGCCAUUUUGGGGCUCUGGGUUUGGUCAAUCCAAAAGUCAAACAAAAAUCUUCCUGGCUACAAACUUCACCGUCUGGUCGGGCUGGGAAAGGACGACGCCCAGAAAGAAGACACAGACCUUUACUUCCAUAAAUGGAUAUUUCGCCAGACAGAGGCCACGAUGGUCAACUCCAGGAUGAUGAACUUCUCGUCUCAACUGUUUGGCUUUGCCUCGAACAAGCAUAGCCAUGAAACGGACACCCUCGCAGUCAGAGUAGACAGUAACCUGGAGAUAAUGGCCGCACAGGAUCUCUACAUACAAUUUUUGCGACAAGUAUUAGGUCAUUUCAAAGAGCUUGGUGGGGAAGCUGAGAUAACCCCUGGACCUAACUCCUCAUAUCUGGCUCAAAACGAUCGAAUCAACGAAUUAGUACAAUGCCUUGAAGCCUGCGAUCUAGGUACUCGAGAGGAGGCAUUGCUGUGCAUUGUUCCAACUUUGAAUAGUCGAGAUCUUCUGCCAGAGGUUUCCGGGGAUUCAAACAACGUUCGAAAGCGUACGACUGAGUAUAUUGCCAACGGAAAGUGGAAAAAUGCUUUGGAAUUACUGGUCUGGCUUUGUCAAAGAUCCGACUCAAGUGAGUUCACGCGGUCUGUUUAUGAGCUUGGAUAUCUUUGUUGCCAGGCAAUACUCGAAGGAGACGAGAGUGGUCGUCUUGAGGGAUCGAAAAAUAUGUGCGAGCUGCUAAGAUCUGACUUGAGGGCUCGCUUUUUUCUGUCCAAAGGAGCCAAGCGUCCCACUGGCUGGAUGAACUCUUCAGCCCAUCAAGAGUGGUGGAAAUCCUUUUCCAAACAGCUCGGGUGGAUUGCAUGGCAUUCGUGCAGAAAUGUGUCAGCCUCAAACUGGAUGCAACCACACUUCGAGGCUCUGGGCGGGUCCGAACACUUGUCUCCAUCUUAUGGAGCUGGUCUACAGGAUAGUGACUCCGAAACCAACUUGCACACUUUGCAACAGUGGAUUACCUAUCCAAUGAUGGAUAUAGAGAUCGAUCGGGAAGUGCCUGGAUACGAAGAUGAGCUCGCAUUUGACUGGGCUAUCUCCAACCAACACUAUGCCCUUGUGUACUGGUUUUUGGCCAAAUGGACAGAGAUGAGCAAAGAUGUCCCACUUUUGGCUCACGCUGCCUAUUUGUUCGCCGCAAAGAACCAUUCCGAAUGGGCAAUCCAAGUUCUCUGCCGACAUGGUGCCAAUAUCGAAGCAGAAAACUAUGACCAUCACUCAGCCAUGAUAAAGCUCAUCCUUGACCGUGACUUACCAGCAAUAAAAUUGAUGUUGGCAAACGGUGCUUCUCCGAAUGGCAAAAGCACAAUUAAUAAGAUCGGUCCCUUAGAAGCAGCCGCACAAGCUGGGUAUAGCGAUAUAGUCCUAUUACUGUUGCAAAAUUACGGAGCUACCAUCGACUCCACACAGAAAGGAAAAUACUCGGCUCUAUACUGGGCGACGGAAGAACAACAUCUCGAGACAGUUGAAAUUCUCUUGCAACAUGGUGCUGACAUCAAUACCAUCGGCAUCGGAUCCAUGACACCGCUUCAUAAUGCAGUCUCAAACCAAAAUAUUGAACUAGUGAGGAAGCUUGUUCAAUUCCACCCCAGAAUCAAUGCUACAAAUGAUCAAAGUCGUACGCCCUUGAUGCUGGCGUCAAUGGAUUCGUCGACGGAGAUAAUUCGUUUUCUAUUGGAGAAUGGCGCUGAUACAGAGGUGCAAGAUUGGGAUGAUCGAACAGCUUUAGAUUUGGCUAGCAGAUCCAAUAGCACGGAAGCUAUUCGCAUUCUGGAGGAAGAGAUGCAGAAGCGCGCCAUUAUUUAA